AUGGCUGCUUCCGCCGCAGCUGCCAAUCGUCUGCAAGCCGCAACGGCCAAAGUGGCCCAAAUUUGCGAAGCCUCCGGCGUCCCAGGAGCUUCAGUCGGAGUGAUUCACCACGGGGCAACGAUCUUCACGCAUAAUCACGGCUACAGCCAUCUUGGAACCAAGACGCCAACGAGAAGUGAUACAGCCUAUGGAAUCGGCUCCCUCACAAAGUCCUUCAUCUCUGCCGCAAUUGCAAAGCUAGUAGACGAGAAAAAGCUAGCUUGGGAUACUCGCGUGGCCGAUGUCCUCCCUGAAUUUCGCCACGACAGCGACAUCAUCACGGAGAUGACAACCAUCACCGACAUUCUCAGCCAUCGGUGUGGACUCGGGGGUGCCGGCGCCAUGAGCUUGGCCUUUCAGGGCGACGGCGAUAUGCUUCUUCCAAAAGACUGCCUUUUCCAGCUGGUCAAUGACUUUCGCAUACAAUUUCCUUUCCGACAGCGAUGGAGCUAUUUUGUUUGGGGCUACUCUGUUGCAGGUGCGGUUAUUGAGAGGCUGACUCAGAAGCCGCUGAAGGAUCAUCUCUUGGAGACGAUUUUUCGGCCUCUGGGCCUAAAGGCCACAUCGUUCAGCCCUCGAGAGUUCCAGCCGCAUCAGCUAUCAUCUCCCCAUGUCGGGCUGUCCGACGGAAGUGCCCAUGCUCUUCGGAAACUUCAAGUCUUCGAGGACACCUUUUUCGAGGCCUCUGGGGGCAUCUACUCAACGCUCAACGAUCAGCUGACUUGGGCUUCUGCCAUGCUUCAAUCGGUCAAUGGCAACGACCAAAAGUCUGCGGUGAUCAAGCAAGUUUCAUGCCUUCUCAGCAACCAUAUUGCAGUUUUAAACCCGACCGUUUCGGAGCGAUCGUAUGGUCUGGGCUGGAUGCGAGCCCAACUUCCAGGCGUGGUUGGUCUUAUCGGCGACAACGUAGGCUUGUGGGAGCUUGCAGACGAGCCGGUGCUGGGGACCAAAGACAAGACCAUGUUGAUGAUCUAUCACCAGGGGAGUACUGUUGGGUAUCGUGCAUUUACGGCACUUUUCCCAGAAACAGACUCAGCAGUGGUGGUGCUCACGAAUUCUUCAGAUGUGAGCGAUGCAGCUGAUUGGAUUGGCCGGGUGUUCAUUCAGGCCCUGUUCGAAUUCGACGAUGGCAAUGACUAUGUUGCACUUGCCAAGGAAGCUAACCGUCGCACUCUGGCGCAGUUUGAUCGAGUCGGCAAGGAGAUCAAGGACAUGAGGGCAGCUUGUCUUGGGUCACAGCCGCGAAGGCUCACAACUUUCACUGGGAGAUACGUGCAUUCGUCAGAGCUCUUCUUCAUCGACAUCUCGCUCCAACCCACCGAAUCGGAUCGACUAUAUCUGAAUUUUCAAGGACUCAAAGAUCAGACAUAUGAGCUGAGACAUCUCUGCAAUAAUGUAUUCGAAUGGGCUCUUACACACGAUGAGUCUAAGAAACGGGGUAGAUACAACUACGUUGAAGCGGAGUAUUACCUAUUUGAUUUCCGACUAGAUGAAAAGGAUGAGCCGGUAUCUUUCUCCUGGGCCAUUGACGAUGAGCCAGCCGUGUUUACAAAAUUGUAG